AACUUUGAUUGAACCUUUUGAGAUUGAGUUAAGUUCUCCUCCUACAGCUUACCCCCUAAUGCGUCGAAAGCCAUAGCGUCGCGAAUACUUCAUCAAUCAACGUGAUUCAAAUUGGGAACGGUAGCUGAGAUUAAGAGCUACAACAUAUCCAAGUUUCGCGACAUUCCAACGGCUAGUUUUUCGUCGACGUUGUUUCUUGUGAAGACGACUUUUCUGUCCAGAAUUUCGGAUUUAUAUUUUGAGUAAUUCUAGUUCCUAAGUUCACCUAGACUCCGUCCUUAAUCCUAACAAGUGGUAUCAGAGCUGUAUUAAGGACGUUGAGAGGAGUCUACAGAAGUGUGAAGACCCUUCUAGACCCACCAUGGCCUGUGGGUGUGCCUAAGUGGUGUUCUAAAGGUUGGAUGUGUCUUCCGCUAAGGGAAACUCUGCCGAAAUUUCGUGGACGCCGACACUUGUGAAAAUAUCGAGGGAGCUGAGUGUGGACAGCAAAGGGGGGCUGAAAUUCGUCGCCCUUGUGAAGAACAGGGUGCUGGCUACAGUUGGAGAUAAGGAGUGGAUCCCAUAUGUCAAGUGGUAUGGGAGUGCUCCAACUGUGAACAUGCUGAGGGCAUUUGGGUGCAUGGUGGUGUUUCAUGUGCCUAAGGAGAAAAGGGGGAAGUUGGAGGCUUCUGGAAGAUGGGGUGUGCACUUGGGGAUUGCAAAGGAUCACAAGGGGUGGCUGCUAUGGGACUUGACCACCCAGAAGUUGACACUGUCAAGGGAUGUGAAGUUUCUUGAGUCCCUGUACUACAAGGAAUGGAAGCAGCAGCAACAGAAGCUUCCAUCUACACCGCUCAUUGUGGAGGCAGAUGAGGUGCAGCAGCCUUCAAGACAGGUGGAGGUUGCAGUGUCAGAGGAGGAGAUGUCUGGGAUUCUUGAACUUUGAUUGAACCUUUUGAGAUUGAGUUAAGUUCUC